AUGUCCGCUCAACCUAGUGCUACUGCUUCCUCAGGAGGUGUCUCAUCAUUUGAUCUAGAACCAAAUCCUUUUGAACAAAGUUUUGGUUCAACUACAGAUCAAACUAAAGAUAACCUCUUGAAACAAGCAACUUCAGCUUCUCAACGUCAGCCCUCUUUACUUUCUCUCGGGAAUCAACAAAAUUACUCUUCAAGAAAUAACUCAUAUUCAAAUACAACCACACAAAGUUUUAACAAUGAUAAGGUGCCAGGUCUUAGCAUAAAUGAUAUGGCUUCUCUAGGUUCAUCAACGAAUCGUACUACUACGACGACGACGAACAACAAUACCGCUACAAUAAAUGUAGAUGAUGAAAGGAAACGCCCGUCCAUUUCUUUAGGUCGUCCCAGUUCCAUUACAAGUCCACCUCUGUUAACACCAGGAGGAUCCAGACGUUUACCACCUCUAUUAUUAUCUCCUUCAUACGUUCAACAGGCAAAUUCUAAUCCAUCAUCUUUAAUGGCACCUACAUCCGUAGGCUCGUUAUUAGGUUCCACCACCUCUCCAUUACUUAAUAAUACGAAUACUAGUAGUGCAAAUAAUAAUGAGAACAAUACCACCACUACCACAACGAAUACAAAUAUAAAUACCAAUCCGACAGAUACCAAUCCACUUCAAAAUAGACAAUCAAUAGAGGGACAAUUAUCAAGUAUUAUAUUUAACUUACCAAAGACUGGCUUAACGCCAAAUGAAUCCAGUAUAAGAUCAGGGUUGACUCCUGGGCUAUUAAGUCAAAAUUAUUACCCGAUUUUACCCUCUAUUAGUCAAAGUCCAAUACCAUCCUCCUCUAUUAAUAAGAAUGUGAAUACUACAGAACAGAAUAAUGUAAGUAAUUCAAUGAAUGGUGUGCCUUUUACACCAGGGAUGACAUCUUUAUUAGGCUUUUCAAAUGUUAUAUCACCUCCUUUGAAUACUCAGGAGAAUGCUUCACAACAACACCAACAGCAACAACCACAUUUACAAUUACCUCAACAACGGCAGCGACAGCAAAAUCCGAAGACUUCAUCAUAUAUUGAAACUGGUGCACCUAUGACGAUGAUAGAUCCAAGGACAACAACACUCAGUGCCAAGAAUGCUGUCAAUCAAAACCAUGAUGAUGAUAAUAAUACUAUCACCACUGGCAGUAUUACUAAAAAUAAAAAUUCAUCGACCAAUCAAAAUGGUCCUGCUGCUCCAAAGAAGAGAAGGAAAAAAAGUACAACCGCAUCAACAAACGCUGUGAAGAAAGAACAAGAACUGCAGCAACAACAUCAACAACAACAAGAUACAAAUGAAAACACCACUGGCAACACGAAUACAGAUUCACAGACAUACGACGAGGAAGAUCAAGAACGGAAAAGGAAGGAAUUUUUGGAAAGAAAUCGUGUUGCCGCAUCAAAAUUUAGACAACGUAAGAAAGAAUAUAUCAAGAAGAUUGAAGGUGAUUUGAAUUAUUUCCAUAAUGAAUAUGAAGAUUAUAAUAAUAUUAUGAAAAUGUUCUUAGGUCCACCGUUGUUGUCCUCCUCCUCCUCUUCUAAUGUUAAUGGGAAUUCCAAUUUAAGAAUUGGUCAACACGAAUUUGAUUCCAAUGGUUCAUCAUUGAUUAAUAAGUUGGAGAAUUCAAUAAUGAAGAAUGACGGGCAAUCUUCAUUAACGAUUUUAAAUCAAAUGAAACAAAUACUAAUAUCGACGAAAUACUACGAGCGUGGUGGUAGAGACCCAGUACGUGAAAAUAUUUCGGAAAUUGGAAAUACUGCAAAUUUUAAUAAUACAGAUGAUAGUAGAAAUAACAGUAUCAGUGGACCUAAGAAUACAAGACCAGAUAUCAAACAAGAAUCACUUGGUUCGCGAAUAUCUCAUUUAUUUGAUGGACCUGACAGUAAUACUGAUAAUAGAUAA